AUGCGCGUUAAAACGUUAAGGCAGAUAAAAAAUCAGCGGGGACAUCGUAACCAUCAUCAUAGCAGUCACCAUAACCACAGCCAUGUGGCAGCCAAUGCAGCGAUUGAGGCGCACUAUUUUUCACCCGAAAGACUGAACGCGCUAGCGAAUUGCAUGAAUCCACCGUACAGAAUGCCGCCACAACCGCUCGGUGCGUACGGUAUGCAGCACGAACAUCACUCCAGCAUACCGGGGACGGCAUCGACGGAGGCACAUGUACUGAACACGCCGCUCCGAACACAUUCCUCCAAGUUUCCGAUCGAACGGGAACUGAUACUGUCGUCAAACAAAAAUUCCUCCAAAAUCCCACUAAUGCAGGAUAACCGAAACAACAGUAUUCCGGCACUGUUGAACCGUUCUGCCACCUCUGCAAUAGGGCCCGAUCUGCCGGUGAAACAAACACAGGCAUGGAACCAACCACAAAUGGACGUUAUACAUUCGGCUGUGUCUGGGUCGAUGCCACGCACGAUCGUACGCUUUCCGGAAGAUGUGACCGCACUGGCCGAUCGGGAUGGAAGCUUCGCCCAGCGGGAAAAAGAUUCUACCACGGUGAAGAAAUCCGUCACCAAGACCUACCAUACGCUGAAGGACCUGAUCUCAUCCAAGUUUAAAAAGGACGCCAACGAACAAAGCGAUGAGCUGAACAACGUAACCUCAAUGCUGCACGGUCAUCAGUCGAACUUGGAGCCGGGGCAAUCAAGCGGUCAGCAGCACCAACAGCAACACGGCGGCAAUAAUCAGAGCGGAUCGUACAUGUACAGCUCGGCGUCCGACAACAACCUGCUGCAGGCGCAGUCUAACCUAAACGUGUGGCCGUCCAGCAGCCAAAGCAACUCCCCGCUGUACUAUCACAAGAAGUUCUCCGAUCCGGCGGAAGGGUUCAGCGCCUCGAAAGCCCUCUCACAGCCGCAGCUCAAUAUCGGCGAACAGUCGAACCGUAACGCGCAGCACGUGGUCAGUAUGUUGCCGGCCCCCGUCGACGGUACGGAUAGCGAUGAUGGUGGAUUCCGGCAGCACAGUGUUAGUCGGCAGACGAAUCAGUCCAUGCCGAACGGGGCCGGCCAAAGUCAGGCUGCAGCGAUGCACAGUGGCCGAUCCAACGCUCCACAACCUGCCUAUAUCCAAAACUAUCGUCACAAUCACGCUCAACAGCAGCAGCAGCAACAGCAUCUACAGCAGCAACAUCACAUGUCGUACCAGCAGGCCCUUCAUAAUGCUAAACAGCGGGCGGCAUUGGAGGGUGGUUCCAGCUCCAACAUUCAAUCGGCGUCCUACAAUACGACCGUGACGGUGGGGGAUCAAAGUUCAAGCCAUCUACAUCAUCACCACCACCAUCACCAUCAGGGUGAGGCCGGACUGCAAAAGCACACCAUUUCGGUGGACAUUAACAGUGGAUCGUCGGUGAACAUAUCUACCGGGGAGUCGCACGAUGCGGGCCCGUACGAUAAAAAUGGGAACCAUUCGUCCAACAUCGAUUCUGGGCGCGGUAGCUCUUCUAUGGCCACCGCCAGUGCUGAUGCGGUGAUGGAGAAGAGCAAAGUCAAAUCAGACGGUGAAUGGAUUGAUGUGGUUGAUGUGGAGUUGCGCAACAUUCUGGAACCGGGUAUGAAGUCUAUGAACCUCCGUCCGGAGAGUACCAUGUCCGAGAGUGCCUCCUCAAUGUCUCCACCGUUGCCACCGCUCUCUCCGCAUGAGGCAUACAACCACGGUACUGGGCAAAGUAGUAGCAAUCUCCAGCCGAAGCCCAACAACACCGCCGCCAAGCUGCAAAAGCAAGAGUACGGCACUGAUACGUAUAAUCGGGCAAGCAAAAACCCACAGCCAAUCGGGCCCUCCAAGGGACAACCAUCGCCCAACACAAUACAGAACUACAUGAACCAUUUGAAGCUCUCCAGCAACAAGAAGCACGAGCAGAACGCACUGAAAAAGCACUUGUUUGGACUAGAUACGGACGUUGCCUCCGUCACCAACACGACCCGAUCGCUAGAUCUCGAAUCCCUGCUCGGCGGUCCCUGGGACGGUGCUCAGUCGGUAUCGGAAUCAGAAACAGAUGGCGGUGGCUUACAGCAAAUCCGUAACCAGCUCGAGGGUCUCGAGACGAUGUACAGUGAGGUACUGAAAAUGUUAGGUAAUCGUAUGGCCACCAACGAGUCAACGCUACGGGCGAAUAGACGUCGACGGCAUGGCAGCAUGUCUUCGCUACCGUCCAGUUCCAUUAGUGGCCGCCCAAUUCGUGACCGGCGAAGAUUAGACGAACGUCGCAAGGUGCGUGAUAUCAAAGGCAUCAACAAACGCUUCCAGCGACUGGAAUCACACGUGGUCACGCUAGCACGCAGCGUUGCUCACCUAUCGUCAGAGAUGCGCUCGCAACACCUCGUUUCACAGGAACUGGAGGAGUUGCGUAACGAUUUGGCACUGUUGCGCUCACAAUCGAUGCACAACCUGCCGCUGAACAGUAGUGGUAAUGCGGGUAAUGCAUCCACACGCGAACCGAUCAACCUGACCAACCCGAAGCGUGUGAAGAAGUUGACUAAAUUUUUUGGCGAAGAUCCACCGCUGAUGAAACUGUUUCUCAAAAAACUCGGCUAUGAGAAAUAUGCGCCCAUCUUCGAGAGUGAACGCGUCGGCAUGAUCGAGCUGCCGUAUCUGGGCGAGGAAAGGCUGCAGAAGAUGGGCAUACCACUCGGGCCGAGACUGAGGAUUCUCCAGGAGGCACAAAUAUCGCUGUGUCGCGAUACGACGCUCUGCAUCGUUUAAGCCGCGUGAUCGUACGUAGUGACGUGAGCCAAAGAACUGAAACAAGCAAACAAGUAUUUUUUUUUUAGACAUCGU